AUGCGCCCUGCUUAUACCCUUGUUCCUGCGGUUGCCGCUAUUGGCGCGGCUGCUUCGCAACCCUCCGAUUCGUGGGUUUUCGGAAACAGUUUGUUCUAUCUCGGACCUCCUUCGGGAAAUGCGCGUAUCACAAAGGCUACAUAUUCUAUUCUGCCUCCUUCAGUCCCUACGGGUACAACUGUGUCCAACAAGAAUGACGAAGUCUGGGUCUCUGUCUGGGUUGGGGCAUCGUCAACCGCGGGAGACGACAAUGCCAACCUGUAUCAGCCGCUAUUCAACUGGUCUCCUGAUCAAGAGUCCCAGGGCUGCUCUGCCUCUGCGGACGAAUGGUGCGUCGCCGCAAGCACUUACACUCCAGAUGGCCAAAUUGGACAGGAUUAUGUGACUGUCCCUCAGAACGCCACUGUUGAAUUUGAGAUUGCUGUUGUGGAUGGGAAGGUCGUCCAGACCGUCACUAUGGAAGACAAGGUUAUCUCAAAGCAAAGUGACACUCUCGAUGCCUCCCUCCAAUACCUCUACUCCAGCAACGAGUGCUAUACAGGCUCUGGAAGCUGCGGUACACUCGCUGGUUACUCUAUCACCAACCUUACAGUUACUCUGAGCGAGGCUGACACGAACUUUGCCAAUGUCAUGAGUCUCGAUAGUGUUACCGACUCUACCUUCAAGUCCACUGAUGGCGGUAUCACCUGGCACACUGACAUGAUUACAGUCUCCAGCAUUGACUUUGACUCUUCGUCUGAUACCGAGGUUUCUUCUUAG